UAAUAUCAAUGAACGAAAUGUACGACAAAUCGAUAGUACAAUAUCGAUGAUUUCUCUUACUUUCUUAUACAUGUUUCAUGUUGUUUUUUUAUGUGUUCAGGGAUAUGAAGUGUUCAUAGUAUAAUUGUUCUGUACUUUUGUGUCAUCUUCGUUACUAGCGACAUUAAUAAAUGACGUGUUAAAAUUGUUUGAAACAUGUCUCUCUGUGGAUCAGCGAAUAUGAAUACAAAUGACAGCGAACCGAUUGAAUAUGAACCUUCGAUUAGGAACGUGAUCGAACAACGAUCUUUACGAUGGAUAUUUGUCGGUGGCAAAGGCGGAGUUGGUAAAACGACGUGCAGUUGUUCCUUGGCUGUGCAAUUGUCGAAAGUCAGAGAAAAUGUACUCAUCAUUUCAACCGAUCCCGCGCACAAUAUUUCCGAUGCGUUCGAUCAAAAAUUUAGUAAAGUUCCAACUAAAGUAAAAGGUUUUGAUAAUCUUUUCGCCAUGGAAAUAGAUCCAAAUGUUGGCAUUACAGAGUUACCCGAGGAAUACUUUGAAAACGAAGCAGCUUUAGGAGGCGAAACAAUGAGAUUAAGUAAAGGUAUAAUGCAAGAUAUUGUAGGAGCAUUUCCUGGAAUCGAUGAAGCUAUGAGCUAUGCAGAAGUUAUGAAACUCGUUAAAGGAAUGAACUUUUCUGUUGUUGUUUUCGACACUGCUCCAACUGGUCAUACUUUAAGAUUAUUAUCUUUUCCACAAGUAGUAGAGAAAGGAUUAGGAGAACUGAUGUGUUUGAAGAUGAAAAUUAGCCCUUUUAUUACACAGAUAAAUUCAUUACUAGGCAUGACAGGUUUCAAUGUAGAUACAUUUUGCAAUAAAAUAGAGGAGACGCUUGUUGUUAUUCGACAGGUUAAUGAACAAUUUAGAAAUCCUGAUCAGACAACAUUUAUUUGCGUAUGCAUAGCAGAAUUUUUAUCACUUUAUGAAACAGAAAGGCUUGUACAGGAAUUGACAAAGUGUGGUAUCGAUACUCACAAUAUUAUAGUCAAUCAGUUAUUAUUUUUAAAGGAUGGAGAUGCACCCUGUAGACUCUGUCUUGCUAGACAUAAAAUACAAGAUAAAUAUUUGGAACAGAUAAUGGACCUUUAUGAAGAUUUUCAUAUUACUAGACUUCCUUUAUUAGAAAAGGAAGUUCGCGGUGUUCAACAAGUAAAAGAAUUUUCUGAAAAUCUUUUGAAACCAUACAGACCUUAAUAUUUAUAUAACGAAUUUGAUUUAACGAGAAUACAUAACUUUACGUAUAAUCAAAAAUUUUAUUAACCAAAAGGAAUUACACACUGUGAAAUUUGUAUAAAAGAGUACCUUGCUCGCUGACGCGACUACAGGAGGAGGUAAUGAAUUUGAAAAUAAAUAUGGCCUGCUACGUUGCCUUAAUAAAUUAAUC